CAGCAGCAGCAGCGCUUUCUCUCUCUGUAACCUAAACAAUGACUCCUACUACAGACCGGAGGAAAGCACACCAAUAGAAUGCGUUACACAGCACCUAAACCUUGCAUUUCGCUGCUAUUCCGACCACUCACUUAAAUGUCCCGACCGUAAACAUGUGGAUACCUACAGAACAUGAAAAAUACGGCGUCGUGCUGGCCAGUUUCCGAGGGACUGUCCAGCAUGGCCUGCCACUGGAAAUCGGAGACACGGUGCAGAUCCUGGAGAAAUGUGAAGGCUGGUACCGAGGAUUCAUCCUGAAGAAUCCAAAUGUCAAGGGGAUCUUCCCGUCCAGCUACAUCCACUUGAAGAAUGCCCACGUCAAGAAUAAAGGGCAAUUUGAGACGGUCAUUCCUGUUGAAGACUCCGUCAUUACAGAGAUGACAUCAACGUUGCGGGACUGGGGUGCCAUGUGGAAACAACUCUACGUGAAGAAUGAGGGGGAUUUGUUCCAUCGACUUUGGCACGUGAUGAAUGAAAUCCUGGACCUGAGGAGGCAGGUGCUGGUGGGCCACCUCACCCAUGACCGCAUGAGGGACGUCAAGCAGCACAUUACAGCGAGAUUGGACUGGGGCAACGAGCAGCUCUGCCUGGACCUGGUCCCCAGGAGAGAGUUCAGCAUGGUGGACCCCGAUGAAAUCAGCGUCACAGAGCUCUACAGACUGAUGGAGCACCGGCAUCGUAAGAAGGAGACCCCUGCUCCCGCCAGCACCCAUCACUUGUUCGUCCACGUGAAGAGUCUGAUGAGCGCCAAUCUGGGGGAGGAGCUAGAGGUCUUCUUCCACAUUUAUGACGGACGGGAGAAUCGGCCUCUCAGCGAAAGGUUCUUUGUCAAGCUGAAUAAGAGCGGGUUGCCCAAGUCGCCAGAGAAGACGGAAAGACAAUGCACGCUGUUUGUGGACUUGGGAAGCAGUGAUCUAAGAAAAGAUGUCUACAUCGUUGUGCACAUCAUAAGAAUAGGGAGAAUGGGAGCAGGGGAGAAGAAGAAUCUGUGUAGCGUACAAUACAGGAGGCCGUUUGGCUGUGCUGUCGUCAGCAUCGCUGAUCUCCUCACUGCUGACUCCAAGGAUGACCACCUGCUCAAGGUUUAUGCAUGUAACACAGAGAGUGAGUGGUUCCAGAUCCAUGAGAACAUCAUCAAGAAAGCAAAUUCUCGGUAUAACCUGUCGGGCUCCAACACCGGUCUGGCAGUGGCUCUCCAGCUCCUCCACGGGGACAUAGAGCAGCUGAGACGAGAGUACAUGGUCCUCUUCACUCGGGGUGUGUCCAUCACCCGGAAACUGGGCUUCUCUGAUGUCAUCAUGCCAGGAGAGAUGAGGAAUGACCUUUACAUCACACUGGAGAAAGGCGAGUUUGAGAAGGGCGGGAAAAGCGUUGCCAGGAACGUAGAAAUCACUGUCUAUGUGCUGGAUAUUGACGGGCAGAUUCUCAAGAGUCACGUGGCUGCCGGCUCUGGUGAACCAGGUGGGGAUGACUACCACUCUCUGGUGCUGUACCACAACAACAGCCCCCGCUGGGCCGAGCAGAUCAAGCUGCCCAUCCCGGUCGACAUGUUCCGCGGCUCGCAUGUCCGCUUUGAGUUCAGACACUGCUCCACUAAAGACAAGGGAGAGAAGAAACUGUUUGGCUACUCCUUUGUUCCUCUGAUGCAGGAGGAUGGCAGGACUCUGCCAGAUGGCACCCAUGAGCUCAUUAUCCAAAAGUGUGAGGAGAACACCAGCUUGGCAGACUGCUCGCGUUACCUGAAGCUGCCAUUCUCCAAAGCAAACCUGCCGUCCAACAACCAGACUCUGAAAGGCACCAAGGAGUCUUUCUGGAUCACCAGCUUCCUCUGCUCCACCAAGCUCACACAGAAUGGAGACAUGCUGGACCUGUUGAAGUGGCGAGCCCACCCCGAAAGGAUCAACGACAGCCUCUCUAAGCUUAAGGAGAUCGAUGGCUCUGAGAUUGUCAAAUUUCUGCAGGACACCCUGGACACUCUCUUCGGUAUUCUGGAUGAAAGCUCUCAGAGAUAUGGGCUCAAGGUGUUUGAUUCACUUGUCCAUAUCAUCAACCUGCUCCAAGACAGCAAGUUCCAGCACUUCAAACCCGUCAUGGACACCUACAUAGAGAGCCACUUCGCCGGAGCUUUGUCCUACAGGGACCUGAUCAAAGUGCUGAAGUGGUACGUGGACCGCAUUGUUGACGCAGAACAUCAGGACCACAUACAGCAGGUGCUCAAGGCCAGCGAGUACAUCUUCAAGUACAUCAUCCAGUCCCGUCGGCUCUUCUCAUUGGCCACUGGAGGCCAGAACGAGGAAGAGUUCCGAGUCUGCAUCCAUGAGCUCUUCAUGUCCAUCCGCUUCUUCCUCUCGCAGGAAAACAAAAGCACCAGUCCGGUCGCACAGACGCAGGCGGUGUUCCUGCGGACGUUUCCAGCGGUUUACGGCGAGCUGUUGAAGAUCUUCACAGUGCGGGAGGUGGCGGGCUUCGUCCGGGAGACGUUGGGCAGCCUCCCCACCGCUGCCCACGCCGACUGCCUGGAGGCUGUCAAACUGCAAUGCAUCGCCAAGACGGUGGAAAGCCAGCUUUACAUUAACCCAGAGUCCCGGUGCAUCCUGUUGCCGGUGGUCCUCCGUGUCCUCCAGGCACACAUGCAGGAGCAGAGAGACCUGGUCAUGUGUGCUCGCAUCCUCACCAGCAUGCUGUCGCUCAUAAAGAAGGAGGAGAACGGCACCGCGGAGCCGGUGGUCUCAGAAGAGGUGGAGCUAAUUGUAGAAAGCCUGCUGGGAGUCUUACUGAGAACCAUCCUGGAAAUUAGCAACCGGCCCCAGCCUGCUGGACCUGCCAUGAGACUCCAGUUCCAGGAUGUCACCGGGGAGUUUGUGGCGUGUUUGUUGGCCCUUCUGCGACAGAUGAGUGACAGACACUACCAGCAGCUGCUGCAGGCGUUCAGCAGCAAAGACAACCUGAGGGACUUUCUCCUUCAGAUCUUCACAGUCUUCAGGAUCCUGAUCCGACCAGAAAUGUUUCCUAAAGACUGGACUGUCAUGCGGUUGGUCACGAACAAUGUCAUCAUCACAACUGUCCUCUACCUUUCUGACGCUUUGAGGAAAAACUUCCUCAAUGACAAGUUUGACUACAAGGUGUGGGACUCGUACUUCUAUCUGUCUGUAAUAUUUAUCAACCAGCCCUGUCUCCAGCUGGAGUCCUUCUCUCCCUCCAAGAGGAAGAAGAUACUGGAAAAGUAUGGAGACAUGAGGGUGAUGAUGGGCUGUGAGAUCUUCAGCAUGUGGCAGAAUUUAGGGGAACACAAGUUGAACUUCAUCCCGGCCAUGAUUGGUCCGUUCCUGGAGGUGACGCUGGUGCCUCAGCCUGAUCUGAGGAAUGUCAUGAUCCCCAUCUUCCAUGACAUGAUGGACUGGGAGCAGAGACGCAGUGGCAAUUUCAAACAGGUGGAGGCCAAGCUGAUCGACAAGCUGGACAGCCUGAUGUCUGAGGGCAAAGGAGAUGAGACGUACAGGGAGCUCUUCAACAGCAUAAUUCCUCUGUUUGGUCCGUACCCUAGCCUGCUGAAGAAGAUUGAGAGAGAGACCUGGAGGGAGAGUGGCAUCUCUCUGAUCGCUACUGUCACUCGCUUAAUGGAGAGACUGUUGGACUAUAGGGAUUGUAUGAAGCUGGGAGAAGUGGAUGGAAAAAAGAUUGGUUGUACUGUCAGUUUACUGAACUUCUACAAAACUGAACUGAACAAAGAGGAGAUGUACAUCCGAUACAUUCACAAACUCUACGACCUGCACUUGAAAGCACAAAACUACACAGAGGCGUCGUACACCCUGCUGCUGUACGAUGAGUUACUGGAGUGGUCAGACAGGCCGCUCAGAGAGUUCCUCAACUACCCCAUGCAGAGUGAGUGGCAGAGAAAAGAGUAUCUGCACCUCACCAUCGUCCAGAACUUUGACAGGGGGAAGUGUUGGGAGAAUGGCAUCAUCCUGUGCAGAGAACUGGCCGACCAAUAUGAGUCUUACUACGACUACAGGAACCUGAGCAAGAUGAGGAUGAUGGAGGCCUCUUUGUAUGACAAGAUCAUGGACCAGCAAAGACUGGAGCCUGAAUUCUUCAGAGUGGGCUUCUAUGGAAAGAAGUUUCCUUUCUUCUUACGGAAUAAGGAGUUUGUGUGCCGCGGCCAUGACUACGAGAGGCUGGAGGCUUUCCAGCAGCGGAUGCUCAACGAGUUCCCCCACGCCAUCGCCAUGCAGCACGUCAACCAGCCAGACCAGACUAUAUACCAGGCAGACGCACAGUACCUGCAGAUCUACGCCGUCACUCCCAUCCCAGAGAGCCAGGAUGUGCUGCAGAGAGAUGGAGUGCCUGACAACAUCAAAAGCUUCUACAAGUUCAAUCACAUCUGGAGGUUCAGAUAUGACCGGCCCUUUCACAAGGGCACCAAAGACAAGGAGAAUGAAUUCAAGAGCCUGUGGGUGGAGAGGACAACCCUGACUCUGGUCCAGAGUCUUCCAGGCAUCUCGCGCUGGUUCGAGGUGGAGAAGAGGGAGCUGGUGGAGGUGAGCCCGCUGGAGAACGCCAUUGAGGUGAUUGAGAACAAGAACCUACAAUUACGCACACUCAUCACCCAGUGUCAAAGCCGGCAGAUGCAGAACAUCAACCCCCUCACCAUGUGCCUCAACGGGGUCAUCGACGCCGCUGUCAACGGAGGGCUGGCCCGCUACCAAGAGGCCUUCUUCGUGAAGGACUACAUGAUGAAUCACCCCGAGGAUGGCGAGAAGAUCGGACGACUGAGAGAACUCAUGUUCGAACAGGCACACAUUCUGGAGUAUGGCCUCGCUGUGCAUGAGAAGUUUGUCCCCCAGGACAUGAGACCUCUCCACAAGAAGUUAGUGGACCAGUUCCACCUGAUGAAAUCCAGUCUGGGCAUACAGGAGUUUCCGGCUUAUGUGCGCGCAAGCCCAGUGCACUUCACCAACGGGAGCCCGCGGACCUGCAGGAACUCUGUGCCCAACAUCAUCAGCCCAGACGGCGGAAGAGGGGUCGCCAGGCGGAGCUACCCUGCGGUGAACCGCUACUCCUCGUCCUCUCUGUCGUCUCAGGCCUCCAAUGAAGUCAGUAACAUAACAGGGCAGUCGGAGAGUUCGGAUGAAGUCUUCAACAUGCAGCCCAGUCCGUCUACCUCAAGCCUCAGCUCCAACCAUUCUGCCUCGCCCAAUGUCACCAGCUCAGCCCCCUCCAGCGCCAGAGGUUCGCCCCAGAUGGCAGAGAAACACAAGCAUUCCAGAGAAAACGCCUGCCUGUCGCCACGAGAGCGACCGGUCAGCGCCAUCUUCCCCAACCCUCUGGACCCUGCACAGAGAGCUCCAACUCAUCAGAUAGGUGAUACCACUUUACCAAGGAGUGACCCCAACCUCUCAGCACCAGACAAAGUGAGACCCACCCCCAGUAGCUGGAGCCUAGACAGUGUCAAAGAGGGCGCUCCAUCCCUGUCUGACUCUUUUGGCAAAUUGCUAUGCCCUCCUGUCCCUCCUAGGCCACCGUACUCAGGCUCCUCGGCUAAAAACAUGAGGUCGCAGUCUCCCGUCUCCGCAUCCAGAUCGCCACAAAAGACCACAGUGCCACCUUUCACUCCUUCACCCACCGAGUGCCAGUCCACCAGCCUGGUCUCCAACUCCCCCGUCCUCUCCGGCAGCUACUCCAGCGGCAUCUCCUCCCUCAGCCGCUGCAGCGUGUCGGAGGCUUCGGGCACCGAGCUGCCGGCGGGCGACCACCCGCCCCACCCGCUGCCCCCCCCCACCACCCUGCCAAACUCUGUCUCCAGCAGCUCAGACGAGCCGAUCCGCAGAGAGAACAAGACCCCUCCCCCUUACAGCGUGUACGAGAGGAACAACCCGCGCAGGCCCGUGCCUCUGCCCCACAGCCUCUCCAUCCCCCCACAGACGGACCCCCCAGCCCUGCCCCCCAAGCCUCACCAGCUCCGCACAGGCAGCAUGAAGCUGGACGGGACCUCCGACCCUCGAGUCCCGAGACCGAGGCCUCUGCCCAGGAAGGUGUCCCAGCUAUAGGUGCUGGUUCCGGUCCAGGUCUGGAGAAGAAACACACUGGCGUAUUUUGCACUUUUCUACUGGGCACUCACUUGUUUUUUGUGAUCUUCAGUUCGGCAUUCCUGACCUACACUCCAAUAAAAGACACAGGCC